AUGGUGGCCAAGGAUUAUCCGUUCUACCUGUCCGCCAAGAGGGCAAACUGUGCCUUGCGAGUGCAGACUGUGACCAGCGCAGCUAAAGAGACCGAGGAGCCCAGUAACAAACGGGUCAAGCCGCUUUCCAGAGUCACAUCCCUGGCCAAUCUCAUUCCUCCUGUCCGAGCCACUCCACUGAAGCGAUUCAGCCAGACGCUCCAGCGUUCUAUCAGUUUCCGGAGUGAGAGUCGCCCAGAUCUGUUCAGUCCACGCCCAUGGACCCGAAAUGUGCCCCCUGCCAACACAAAGAGGAGAGACAGCAAACUGUGGAGUGAGACCUUUGAUGUCUGUGUCAACCACAUGCUUACAUCGAAGGAAAUCAAGCGGCAAGAGGCUAUCUUUGAACUUUCCCAGGGAGAAGAAGACUUGAUAGAAGAUCUGAAGUUGGCAAAAAAGGCUUAUCAUGACCCAAUGCUUAAGCUUUCCAUAAUGACAGAGCAGGAGUUGAACCAAAUUUUUGGAACACUGGACUCUCUAAUUCCUCUACAUGAAGAUCUUCUUAGGCGACUUCAAGAAGUCAGGAAACCUGAUGGAUCAACAGAACAUGUUGGCCACAUCCUUGUGGGUUGGCUUCCAUGCCUGAACUCCUAUGACAGCUACUGCAGCAAUCAAGUAGCAGCCAAAGCGUUGCUGGAUCACAAGAAGCAAGACCACAGAGUGCAGGAUUUCCUGCAGCGCUGCUUAGAGUCUCCUUUUAGCCGCAAACUCGACCUUUGGAAUUUCCUUGACAUCCCAAGAAGCCGUUUGGUUAAAUACCCAUUACUACUCAGAGAAAUUUUGAGGCACACCCCAAAUGAUCAUCCAGAUGAGCAGCAUCUUGAAGAAGCUAUAAAUAUAAUUCAGGGCAUAGUGGCUGAAAUCAACAUAAAGACUGGUGAAUCUGAGUGUCAGUAUUACAAAGAGAGACUUAUUUAUCUUGAAGAAGGCCAAAGGGAUUCACUGAUUGAUAAUUCACGUGCUGUAUGUUGUCAUGGUGAACUGAAGAACAACAGGGGAGUGAAACUGCAUGUCUUCCUCUUUGAAGAAGUGCUGGUGAUUACUCGAGCUAUCACCCACAACGAGCAGCUCUGCUACCAGCUGUACCGACAGCCCAUCCCGGUGCGGGACCUGGUGCUGGAAGACUUGCAGGAUGGAGAGGUGCGGUUGGGUGGAUCCAUACGUGGUGCUUUCAGCAACAGUGAGAGAAUUAAAAAUUUCUUUCGAGUCAGCUUCAAAAAUGGAUCUCAAAGCCAGACUCACACACUCCAAACCAAUGACUCCUUCAACAAACAGCAGUGGCUUAACUGUAUCCGCCAGGCCAAAGAGAAGGUGACAUGUGCAGGCAAGACUGGUGGGCUCAACUCGGAACCACAUUUUGUUUUGUCCCCAAACGGACGCAGAGUACCCCAGGGAGAAACCACACUGGAGCAGAUGGACCAAUCUGACUGUGAGUCAGACUGUAGUAUGGACACCAGCGAGAUCAGCGCUGACUGUGAAUGAAUGGAACACACCAACUCUUGUGAAAGUGAAAAGCAAAUAGAAACCAAUAUUUGACAAAAACUUACAGUUCAUGGAAGAAAAUCUGUCUCUUACCUGUACAGUAUUUGCAUUCCAUACAUGGAACCAUUUGGAGAAGCACUUUUAGAAUACUUUUUGUGACAAUGUCAAUGCAGUUCUCCUUGUAUUUGUAUCUGUGAGUGUAGUACUGUAACUGCCCAUCUGUAUAAGCUGGAAUCUCUUGCAACUCAUGUCCUGUGAUUAUAUUCCAUGAACACCUAAGGUGGAUGAAAGAGGUACUUGACCAGUUAUUCUCAAUGUCCUGCUGUAAACAGAAUCUCUAAACUACUGUUUAUAUAUGCAUUACAAAAAUAACCUUUACCUAAUUUGUAAGUACUUUAUUUGCCCUUUAAUGGGGCAGCUGAAGAUGUGGACUUCAUAUGGAGUUUCAGGAUGGGUAUCAAGAUAAGGUUUUCUUAAAGGCAUGGAAAGAAAAAGUUUCUUGGAAAAAAAAGAAAGCCAUCUUGAAAUCAUCUAUCUGAACUCUUGUGGUAUUAUAUCAACAAGAACUAGAAACAGUGGGUCCUGGAACCAGGGACUCUUUAGGGAUUAAUUUUUCAAAAUGAAGCACUGUCUUAAGAUCCAGCAACCAAACUUAGCAAAAUCUGGAUGUUUCAAGUGGUCAGCAUAGUGAUGUGGUUUAUUUGUCAAAGCAUGUAAUGCUAAAAAUAAUCAACUGAAAAACCCCAACUGAACCUCUCCAGCCAGCACUGAGUUAAAUGAAAUGCUGAUGGGUGUUUGUAAAUAAGCUGGUAGUUUGCUUUCGGUGCCAUAUAUAAAUAUCUAUUCUCCCAAACAAGACCAGAAUGGAAAAAAGGUUUUGCUUGUGAAUAGGCCCUCUUCAGCAUUUUGCACUCCACUGACCUCCACUGUUGGUUUUAAACACCCUUAACUAAUGUUAAAACUUUUAAUUUUCUGUAAAUGUCUGUUUACAAUUACAUGUAGUUGGUUUUUAAAACUAAGUGAUGAUUUUAUAUAUAUGGUGCUCUACAAAUACCCUAUGGGAUUAUGUAGAGAAAGUUUAAACUAAAAGGGAAUUGUUUUUCCUUUAGGAUGUAUUACAUCCCUUUUAUUUUUCUCAAGUUUUGUUUUAAAAAUUGUUGUUCUAUUGAAUCUCACGCUGUAAUUGGAACUGUUACUGUGUUUUCUAGUGGCUGAUUUAAUUACUCAUUAUGAUGAGAAGCAGAGGAGUCACUUAAAUGCAGUCUAAAGCACUCAGUUAGACAUCCUGUUACUUUUCAGGAAUACCUGGGUAAUACUUUAUUUCUUAGUAUAAGAAAUAAUGCCAGUGCUGUGUGGCAAGCUAUGGAAAUGAUAUAUGAAUAAAUUUUAAUGAUUCUUGAUAUUACACAAGAUCUGUGCAAAGUACUUAUAACAACAUAAGUAGAGAAACUGCUAAGUUAUUGCCAAAAAUAUUUUUCUUGUGUUCUACAAGUUUACAGAAAAUUUACUAUGACAACUAUCUUACAUAUAUAUAUGCUGAUGUGCAUUACAGAAAUCAGUGUGACAAGAUGAUAAACAAUAUAAAACAAGGUAUUUUUAUUUUUUAAAAAAAUGGCAUUUUUACCCUAUAGAACAUAUUUCUGUAUUUAUAGUUUUUCAAGAAAAAAAAUCAAUUUUCUUUUCUGUUUCAGGCUUUGUAAUUUAUUUCAACUGCUUCAUUUUUAGAGCUGAAUGCGUAUGCCAGUGAAGCUGAGACAAUAGGUAUAGGAAAGCUGUUCAGCAA